AUGGAUUUUGACAACUCUAAGGAGAUCCCCGCAGACACAGAGGUCUUCAAUACCUACGGGGAAUUCUCCAAUGACAAGCUGCUUCAAGACUACGGCUUCCUCCUGGAGCAGAACGCCUUCAACAGCGUAACGCUCCCACGAAGCAUGCUGGCUGGACGCCGCUUCGAGCCCCAGCUGCGGUUUGCAGCAGAGCGGGCGGCCAUGCUGGGCCUCACCCAGGCGGAGAGCAGUGAAGAGGAGUCGGAUGAAGGCAGUGGGGGCGCGGAGGGCGGCAUGAGCCGAAACGAAGGACUGGCCACCUUUUAUGAGCUCGGCCGGGGACGCCUUCCGAAGGCUUUGCGGACGCUGCUCGCCGUGUUGAGCCUUCGCAGGCCGGCGCUGCACCGGGCGCGUGCUUGGACUCCAAGGCGUCUGAGGCGCUGGCUGCAGAGGCGCGCUUCGGAGCCGCACCUCCUCACCACAAGUGCGACGCGUGGCGUGCUGCGCGCGGCGCUGCGCCGUCGGGCCGCCGCGUAUCCCAAGCCAGAAGAGGCCGAAGCGCUCCGCCGGCGCUGGGCGGCGGCAGCCGCCCGCGAGAAGGCGGCGAUAGCCCUGCGACGCUCUGAUCUAUUUGGUUGUGACUUUGCCUUGCUGCUCGAGAUGUUGUCAUUGCGCGACUUAAGAGCAUCUGCUCCACCGCGUGCGCCCUCGGCCCCCCCUGAGCCGCAAGCGGCGGGCACUGAUCCUCACCCGGCCGCCAACGCAGCGAGCAAGAAGAUGGCCUCCACACCGGUCGAGAUUGAAAAUGGCGAUGUGAAGACCUACGACGGCGACUUCCGCUUCUACAUGGACAGCAACCAGGACCUCCGACAGAAGAUCGAGUCGCAUUACACCGGCAUUGACGGACUCAUCGAGUCCGUGCCAGGAACCCUGGCAGAGCGAAGAAAGAAGGAGCGAAAGGGCUUGCGGAAGAACCGGUACGCUAAGGCGAAGCAGGAGCGCCGUGAGCAACUCCAGGCUCAGUUCCUGUCCAGCCGGUCGUGGAGGUCCUGA